CUUCACAACUCACAUCAGAACUACUACCUAAGUACCCUGUCUUUUUGUCUUGUCAUAUGAGCCUAUCAGCAGAAACCAUCAUCGCCCUCUUAGCCUUAUUGGUUGCCUGUGUCCCUGGUAUAUGGUUCAUUGUCAGGCAUAGUGCUCUCAUCCGUCGAUGGUGGGAUAGCGAAAAAGAGCAAUGUCAUCUAACCCGACACGAAGGCGGCGGUUCGGAAAGUUUCCACAAUCUCGGCUCGUCCCGUCAAAUCUUCCACAUGCGCUCCACUCACCAGCCAAGCACCUUGCCAUUCUUCAACCCCCUCGCCUCCAUGCUAUACAGAAACAAUCCCGCCCGAGUAGGGUCCACGCCGCAACAGCUGGAAGCGACGUUUGUUUACUAUAGAGCAGUCGCUGACAUGGUCCCGGACAGGGAGGAUUCUUACAGGAAUGCAGGUGUCUAGAGUGCAUAUGGGAGCUGGUCAGGCCGUUCAUUGUGGGAGAUACUUUCCGUCUCUCCAUGUAUAAUUUUCUUUUCCUUUUGUUUCAUAGACCCGCUGCUUGUGAUGUCUGAUCUAUACCCUUUCCUCAGUCAUACCUUCCCGACCCCGCCAAGCAAUCAGGUGAGAGGAAUUGCAGAACGAGGGCAUGAUUGGCGUAAUGGCCUUUUCGGUUCCUUUUUCAUCCUUUGUCUCUUUCUUCCAGAUGCCUUUUAGUUUU